ACUGGAAGUUUCUCUGACCCCGCUUCUCGUCGUCGUUGCUUCUGUCCCCGGCGGCCGCUAAUUCCGACCGACGACUUCUGCUGAACUCAUCAGUCUCCAUCUCGGACCACGAUCUCUCCUGAUCUGCAAUUUCAACCCCCUCUAGCCCGGCAUCCACCGGGUUACAACCCCAGCUGAAGAGGGCCCUGUAGAUGGGAAUCAGUAAGACAGAAGUGAACCUGAGGCGGUUGCUCGCAGCUGCACCUAAGCAACAGAACCAGGCAAAGCUUGCUCAUUAUGUCGCUACUUUACGGGAGCAAUUGGAGCAAUUGGCCGAAGAGAGAACUCCAGAAGGCUUGCCCAGGAUCGCAAAGGUGACGAUCAAUGAUUAUUCGGAGAAGAUUGAAGCGAUCGCUGCAAAACUAGUGGCUCCUUCGCAAGAUAUAGAAGAAUCCCAUGAGUCCUUUGCAGCAAGUUCUUCCCAAGGGAGUUCACCUAAGGGAGUAGAAAACCACAUACCCCCAUCCCCGGGGUUGAGAAGAAGAGCCAUGCCCUCCUCGCAUUCUGAUGAAAGAACUCGCAAAGAUACAGUGGAGGACCCAUCAGGACCCGUAAGGCUUGAUGCCACAACACAAGCUCACAUUGAGAAGCACAGAAAUCUUCAAGAGGAUCUGACUGACGAGAUGGUCGGGUUAGCAAGACAACUGAAAGAAAGCAGUCUCUUGAUGAAUCAAUCUAUUGAAAACACCGAAAAAAUCCUUGAUUCUACAGAGAGAGCAGUCGAGCACAGCCUGGCAAGCACGGGUCGGGUCAAUGUGCGGGCAGGUGAGAUAUACUCGCGGAGUUCAAAAACAAGCUGCUUCCAGUGGCUCCUCAUCUUUGUGAUGACUAUGAUAUUCAUCAUGGUUGUACUUUUGAUUCGGGUCACUUAGUUACGCAUACAAAAGCAAUAAGAACUUCACUAGUUCUUUUUUUUUUUUUGGUUUUGUUUUGAUUUCUCUUUUCGGGUUUUAUCCCCGUGACUUUGAGGUAUAUUGCAACUACUGGUCUUAGAAGGGGUAAUUUGUGGCUAUAUAUAGCUUUCAUCAAGCUUGGUGUUAAUGAUUUUGUUUCGUCAAUGAAGCAGUCAUCAGAUGUUAUGGGAAAGACAGACCGGUCAUUUGGGCCUCCGUGAUCA